UCAAAUUCCUCCAGGGUGAACUCUGAGAUAGAAAAGUUGGCCCAGGAAGCUCAAGGAGGGACAGCGGCAGAGGGAAAGACUCUGGAACUCCGCUGGCCCCUGCCCGGCCCCGGGCCCACACCUGCCCGCCCCGCCUGCCCUUCCUCACCCGAGGUGCCUGCGGGAUUGCUGGAGAGAAAGCGGCAUGGAGCCGUGCAGGACCCAGAUAAAGCUUGACCCCAGAUACACAGCAGAUCUUCUGGAGGUGCUGAAGACCAAUUACGGCAUCCCCUCCGCCUGCUUCUCUCAUCCACCCACAGCAGCCCAGCUCCUGAGAGCCCUGGGCCCUGUGGAACUUGCCCUCACCAGCAUCAUGACCUUGCUGGUGCUGGGCUCCAUUGCCAUCUUCCUGGAGGAUGCCGUCUACCUGUACAAGAACACCCGUUGCCCCAUCAAGAGGCGGACUCUGCUCUGGAAUAGCUCGGCACCCACGGUGGUGUCUGUGUUCUGCUGCUUUGGUCUCUGGAUCCCUCGUUCCCUGUUUCUGGUGGAAAUGGCCAUCGCCUCGUUUUAUGCCGUGUGCUUUUACCUGCUGAUGCUGGUCAUGGUGGAAGGCUUUGGGGGAAAGGAGGCAGUGCUGAGGACGCUGAGGGACACCCCGAUGAUGGUCCACACAGGCCCCUGCUGCUGCUGCUGCCCCUGCUGUCCGCGGCUGCUGCUCACCAGGAAGAAGCUUCAGCUGCUGAUGCUGGGUCCUUUCCAAUACGCCUUCCUGAAGAUAACGCUCAGCCUGGUGGGCCUGUUUCUCAUCCCCGACAGCAUCUAUGACCCAGCAGACAUUUCUGAGACGAGCACAGCUCUGUGGAUCAACACUUUCCUCGGCGUGUCCACACUGCUGGCUCUCUGGACCCUGGGCAUCCUUUCCCGGCAAGCCAGGCUACACCUGGGUGAGCAGAGCAUGGGAGCCAAAUUUGCCCUGUUCCAGGUUCUCCUCAUCCUGACUGCCCUACAGCCCGCCAUCUUCUCAGUCUUGGCCAACGGCGGGCAGAUUGCUUGUUCGCCUCCCUUUUCCUCUAAAACCAGGUCUCAAGUGAUGAAUUGCCACCUCCUCAUCCUGGAGACCUUCCUAAUGACUGUGCUGACACGAAUGUACUACCGAAGGAAAGACCACAAGGUUGGGUACGAAACUUUCUCUUCUCUAGACCCAGACUUGAACCUCCAAGCCUAAGGUGGAUGGCUUGGGUGGUGAAAAGAUGCUGUACUCAUUAGAAUAUAAGAUUUCUGUACUGUCCCUCAACCUUGACCAAACGGAAAGCAUUCCGCUUGCCAACACAAGCUGGCAGAUUACAUUUGACUCUACAGAUGAAAGUGAACAACGUGUAGGAUAAAAUUGUAUCUUGCCUGGGGAAGGUGUUUUAAGUUUUGUAAUAAACAAGAUGAUGUCUGAAAAUGUGUAACUGGGCCCACUGCCUCUGUCCAUGUCACUAUUAGCCCUUCAAGGUUGUAUAUUGCUGGCUGGGUGUGGCAGCUCAUGCCUGCUAUCCCUGCACUUUGGGAGCCUGAGGCGGGAGGAUCACUUGAGCCCAGGAGGUUGAGGCUGCAGUGAGCGACGGUUGUGCCGUACACUCCAGCCUGGGUGAUACAGCCAGACCCUGUCUCUGGAAAAAAAAAAUAAAAGAAAGCUUACUGAGCUUUCCUAAAGCAGAUGAAAAGAAGAGUAUAUAGUAUUGUGUCUGAUAUAAGAAAAGGAGAACUUGGUGAGGCAAAACAGUACCAGCCCAAAGUCUGCAAGAAGCCAGGAGCCUCUGGAGAACAGAUGGAAGGUGACCUUUCCCUGGCAGAUGUGCUACUAGAGCACCAACCCCACGGGGCCCUGGGGUCUGGGUCAGCCUCGCUUGGUGGGACAAUGGCUUUUGAGUCUUCGGUGACAAGCUACAAAAGGAAUUUCCUGAUGCUGUGGUCAUGGAGCUUGAUUUCUGAGGAGAGAAUCAGUGUGUGGAAGCAAAGGCAUCGAGAGUCCAAGUAAAAGUCCCAAAUCCAUAAAAUGCACCACACAGGUCAAAACACAGCAUCUGGCCAGGCGCGGUGGCUCAUACCUGUAUUCCCAGCACUUUGGGAGGCCGAGGCGGGUGGAUCACCUGAGGUCAGGAAUUCGAGACCAGCCUAAUCAACAUGGAGAAACCCCGUCUCUACUAAAAACACAAAAUUAGCCGGGCGUGGUGGCGCAUGUCUGUAAUCCCAACUACUUGGGAGGCUGAGGCAGGAGAAUCACUUGAACCCGGGAGGCAAAGGUUGCAGUGAGCCAAGAUCGCACCACUGCACUCCAGCCUGGGCAAUGAGAGUGAAACUCUGUCUCUAAAAACAACAACAACAAAAAAAACCACAGGACACGGAACAUGAGGUAAGACCACAUUGCCUUUAUUUGGCUAAAGAACAAAAUCCAAAAUAACUCAGAACAAACUAAUAACAGACAGGAAAAUUAGAGACUGAACCCCACUUGAGGAAAACUUCCCCGCGGACUCACACUGGUGAUGGGACGAACGUUCACGACGAAGCCAGCAGCCCUUUCCAAGACUCUCUUGUCUUCUAGGGAUCCUCAAUACAAAACAACCCAACUAAUCCAGGAUAUGUUCAAAACAGUCAGUUUUCCCCUCAAAAGGCAGGAAGGCCCACUUCAAACCUCCAGGAACACAACCCGCGCCAUCCCAGUGUUAAACUUGGUGCUUCCGUUUUCUGCCUCAAUCCGAGUGCUAACAUAAAAUCCUGGCAGACAACAAUCUUUCUUCUUCAAGAAAAUUAACAUUUAAUGGUAUAAUCCCAAGAACAUGUUCUACUUAUUUACUUGGAAAAAUAGAAGCUAGGGACCACUCUUUAUCCCAUGGCAGUCUAUUCUAUGAGAGAAAACAAGAACAAUCAUUGUUAUGACUUUGAAAAAUAGAACCUUUAAAAAUACUUACAUUGGUAAGUUUAAAAAAAUACCAUCAGUUAAAAACAUUGGCUCUACCAUUAACCCGAUGUUAAUGGGGGGCUUCCUUUUUCUACCUGUAUUGGUUCAACUUCUGGUGAGACUGUGUGCUGAUAAAAAUCUAGAAGCUAUGGCUUUUAGGGAAUUAAAGAAAAGCAGCAAAAUAUAAUUGAUUUGGAAAGAUUUUGGAUAAGUGAUCUGGAACAGGAUUAAAAAGGCAAAGAGCUCUUGAAAAUAGCUACCCAUAGUCAAGAUAAUCCAGGAAGGGAGAACGACGCCCUGUGAACCACUGUGGAAAGAACGUCUAGAGAUGGUCUGACCAGCUGUGCAGCCUCCAAAAAAACUACCAUCACUCAGGUGCAGCCUAAGGAGUUACCGGCGAUCAGAAAGUAUCAAAAGUUUUCUCAACCUCCCUCUUGUUUUUUCUCUUCUUCAGGAUUUUCAACCUCCUCACAUCCUUAACUUUCUCACCCAAGCCUCAGCAAAAUAAUGGUCUUUGGCUCUAGCUAUCAGCAAUAGCUGCAACAGCACAAAUGAUCCCUUUCUAGUCCUCUAAAGUUUCAACCUCCAUCCUUCAGUGCUUCUGAGUCUAGCAUAAGAGAAGAGCAAGCUUUCUGUCCAGCCCCGGAAGGCAGUGGCUGCGCUGGCACCUCCUCCGCUCUGGUUGCGGGCUCUGGCCUUCUUACGUCUCACACACGGAGGCUCUACUCCAAGGCCAGCAUUUCUGGCUCUGUCAUCUUGGCCACACUUGGCCCAUCCAUGUUGGCUGCUUUCUUGUAUGGGAAUCAGGGAAACGGCUCCAUAGCCUCAAACAUUAAUAUCUGAAGAUUUAGAUCCCAGGCAUUGUUGUGGUGUACACACCUCUAACCUCAUUUAAUUAGGCACAGAUGACCAAAUUAUGCAACAUUCCAACAGCUUCCUCCGUCUACCCAUGCUUGUCCAGCACCUAAGACCACAUUUAUCCCAAAGUAUCUAAUAUGCCACACCAUAAAAGACUUCAGCUUCAGUCAAACAAA